AUUGCAGCCAAAAUCGGAGGUGAUGCUGCUACUACCGUGAAUAACAACACUCCCGAUUUUGGUUUUGGGGGCCAAAAGAGACAGCUGGAAGAUGGAGACCAGCCAGACAGCAAGAAACUGGCUUCCCAGGGAGACUCAAUUGGUUCUCAACUGGGACCCAUCCAUCCUCCCCCCAGGACCUCAAUGACAGAAGAAUAUAGGGUCCCAGAUGGCAUGGUGGGCUUGAUCAUUGGCAGAGGUGGUGAGCAGAUUAACAAAAUCCAGCAGGACUCAGGCUGCAAAGUUCAGAUCUCACCAGAUAGUGGAGGCCUCCCUGAGCGCAGUGUGUCCCUGACCGGAGCCCCCGAGUCUGUCCAAAAGGCGAAGAUGAUGCUGGAUGACAUUGUGUCACGGGGCCGUGGGGGACCCCCAGGACAGUUCCAUGAUAAUGCCAAUGGUGGUCAGAAUGGCACGGUGCAGGAGAUCAUGAUCCCCGCUGGCAAGGCUGGCCUGGUCAUCGGCAAGGGUGGGGAGACCAUCAAGCAGCUACAGGAGCGUGCCGGGGUGAAGAUGAUUUUAAUUCAGGAUGGCUCCCAGAAUACAAAUGUGGACAAGCCACUGAGGAUCAUCGGGGACCCGUACAAAGUACAGCAAGCAUGUGAGAUGGUGAUGGACAUCCUUCGAGAACGUGACCAGGGUGGCUUUGGGGACCGCAAUGAGUAUGGAUCUCGAGUUGGUGGAGGCAUUGAUGUGCCUGUACCCCGGCAUUCAGUAGGUGUGGUCAUUGGCCGUAGUGGAGAGAUGAUCAAGAAGAUCCAGAAUGACGCUGGUGUGCGCAUCCAGUUCAAACAAGAUGACGGGACAGGCCCUGAGAAGAUUGCUCACAUCAUGGGGCCCCCAGAUCGGUGUGAGCACGCAGCCCGGAUCAUCAAUGACCUCCUCCAGAGCCUUCGGAGUGGACCCCCGGGUCCUCCAGGAGCCCCUGGCAUGCCUCCUGGGGGCAGGGGCCGGGGCCGAGGCCAAGGGAACUGGGGCCCUCCUGGAGGGGAGAUGACCUUCUCCAUUCCUACCCACAAGUGUGGAUUGGUCAUUGGCAGAGGUGGUGAGAACGUGAAGGCUAUUAAUCAGCAGACGGGCGCCUUUGUGGAGAUAUCUCGGCAACUGCCGCCCAAUGGAGAUCCCAACUUCAAGUUGUUUGUCAUCCGGGGCUCACCCCAGCAGAUUGACCAUGCAAAGCAGCUCAUUGAGGAGAAGAUUGAGGGUCCUCUCUGCCCAGUUGGACCAGGCCCUGGAGGACCAGGCCCUGCUGGACCCAUGGGGCCCUUCAACCCUGGACCCUUCAACCAGGGGCCUCCAGGAGCACCCCCACAUGCCGGUGGUCCCCCUCCUCACCAGUACCCGCCUCAGGGCUGGGGCAAUACCUACCCCCAGUGGCAACCUCCUGCCCCUCACGACCCAAACAAAGCUGCCGCAGCAGCUGCAGACCCCAAUGCUGCCUGGGCCGCCUACUACUCCCAUUACUACCAGCAACCCCCAGGUCCUGUGCCAGGCCCUGCCCCAGCUCCCGCAGCUCCACCUGCGCAGGGGGAGCCCCCCCAACCUCCACCCACUGGCCAGUCAGACUACACCAAGGCCUGGGAAGAGUAUUACAAGAAAAUAGGCCAGCAGCCCCAGCAGCCUGGAGCACCCCCACAGCAGGACUACACCAAGGCCUGGGAGGAAUACUACAAGAAGCAAGCGCAAGUGGCCACUGGUGGCGGUCCUGGAGCACCACCUGGCUCCCAGCCAGACUACAGUGCUGCCUGGGCUGAGUAUUACAGACAGCAGGCCGCUUACUACGGACAGACCCCAGGCCCUGGUGGCCCCCAGCCACCUCCCACCCAGCAGGGACAGCAGCAGGCAAUUGAAGCAAAUGGAUAUGAACUUCAUCUGUGAAAAUGUUUUUUCCCUCCAUUUUUGUUCCAUUUGGGGGCUUUUAUUGGUUUCUAUAUUUGAUUGGUUUGGUGAGAGAGCAACGGCCGCCCGGGGUGCAGGGUCCCCCUCAUGCUGAGGCGUUCCCUCUCUCAUUCUGUGUGUCUCACAUCUUUUUCCUUCCAAAAUCGGGAUCCUUCAUGUUGAGCCAGCCUUAGAAAAUAGCGAGAAUUUAACCUCUGCCAAAAAAAGUUUAAAAAAUUAAAUCACAAAGAGCAGAACAAAACCUAUUAAAUGAUAUAUAUAUAGAAAUAUAUAAAUCUCUAUCCCCCAGCCUCCGAGCCUACCCCUCUGAGGGAAGCGGUUCACUUUCUCCCUACUGCCCGGGGCCCUAUUCUUGUUUUUAAAUAAACUUUUUAAAAGGAAAGAAAGUCACUCUUGCUAUCUCUUUUUUUCGUUUUUUUUAGUUAGAGUUGGAACAUUCCUUGGACCAGGUGUGGGUGUCGCAGGCCCCUCCUGCCCUGCCCAUCUAUCUGUCUCUCCCCCUCUCCCCACUCUCUCCCCCCUGCUCUUUCCUGGCUCCACCCUAUACCCACCCCAACCCCCAGGACUGGCCUGGUACGUUGUCAUCUGUUGAAGAUGAGAUAAACUGAGAAAAAAAUGAGAACAAAACAAAAAAAAUUGUAUGGCAGUUUUUACUUUUUAUCGCUCGUUUUUAACUUCACAAAUAAAUGGUAACAAAACCUC